CCCGGAUAUACCGGGGUUUCCCCGUACAUAUGUAUGUAUGUACAUACGUUACGUCUAAGAAGUGAAGGGAGAAACAACGCAAGACAACGUGAAUAUUUAGCCAGUUCCCUGUUUUCAUCUGUGCCGCCAACAUGAUGUCACAUUCAUACUUACGAUCGACGGAGAUGAGCGAAUCAAUAAGAGUCGUAUUCGUCGUUGCUGAAGCAUGGCAGUUAUAGUCCUUCUGAUCAAGAAGUGGAAUGGUACAUCACCGGGCCAAAGCCAAUUCUGAGCGAAAGAUAAGCCAGCAAGGGACCAUAUUGGACCAUAUUGGACAUUUCACGAGGCGAAGGUUCGGUCUCCCUGGGUUUGUGUAGCCCGGCAUCUCCCCGCCAUUUUGUGACAUUUCUUCGUUACCUACGCAGACUUAUACAUGUCGCAGAACCCCGUUUCAGCCCUUCGGGGACAUCUCGCUGCAAUAUCUCCAUAUAGUAACAUUUUCAAACAACCUCCCCCUCCAUCGUCUGGUCAAGUCUAUGGGGCAGUCUACCUUUGUCGUCAUGGAAGCAUCGAGGUAUCCUAUCAUGACUACGCCCACUUCAUGGCGCCAUUCCUACAGAAGCUCCGCUCGCUCCAAAGUUCUGGUCGUCCAUUUGUGACAGGAAGACUGUCCUUCCUAUCCUCAUAUCAGAGUUGGAUUACCGACGCACAUGUGGGAAAUGUCUCUAACGAAGGGCUCAAACAGAGUUUAGACUUAGGUAGAGCAUUUCGUGUCCGGUACAAGCAAUGGCUAAUACCCGCUUCUCAUUAUUCUAAACCUGAAUUAUAUACUUGGACUGAUUCGGCCAUGCGCUGUCGGAGUUCUGCAUUGGCAUUUUCCAGCGGUAUCCUAGGGAAGAAAGGCAGUCCUACUGGCAAUUAUGACGACCAUCCUCGUCGUGUUGAUGUUAGGGUCAAGGUGUUGCAAUGUGAGGACAAUUCUCACCAGUGCGAUAAUCUUCGAUGGCAUAAAGCUUUCUCUGUCGACCAAUCCAGAGGCUCCGACAAAUUUGAGAAGCUGAUGCAAGUCACAACACGCCCGAUCUACAGACGACUGCAUAAUGAUUGGCAUACAGCGACUCCCUUGUCAGCGACGGAUAUAUACGCAAUGCAAUUGCUCCAUUGUUACGAUGCGGUAGCAAACAGGCCGACGCCGUUUGAAAAAUGCUUUGAGGCAGAUGACUGGCCAGGAUUCGAAUAUCUGAGAGAUGUAAAAUAUUAUUACAGUGAAGGCUACGGCAUGCUACAGCCAGGCUUUUACGCAAUACCCUGGCUUAAAGCUGCUAUGACUGCCUUAAGCAAUCCUCCUAGUCAUGGUCCCCAGUUACCUCUGCGGAUUGCAUUUACGCAUCGUGAAGAGAUUUUGUAUCUCUGCUGUUUGCUCGGUAUGAAUUUCCAUAAGAACUGGGAACCCGCCUUGGACAGGGUUGAUGAAGAUCGACAAUGGCGAGCUGCGUUGCUUGCACCGUACCUAGGUCACGUUGGUAUAGAAUCUUAUCCUGGAAGGAAUGGCGAAAAGCGCGUACGGUUCAUUCUUAAUGGCGAUGUUAAGCCGGCUUUUUGGGGAAUAACACACCCGGAUAGUGAUGGGGGAUAUGGCUUUGAUCUAGUGAGUCAAUGGACGGAGGUACAGUGGCGAGCAUGGCAAACCUUUAGCCCUUCUCGAAUUACAUUCCUCAGAUAGGAUUUUAUAUCUAUUAAGAGAAUACAAGAUACCAG